GGAGGAGAUGCGGGGGCGGGGAGGACUGUGGUAGCAACAGCCCCGGGGAGGCUCUUGAAGGCAGCUUUGGAGCCGAAGCCCAAUCAUGGCGAACGCCAAGAGGCAGAAAAAUGACACCAGUUCCUCAGAAGAAAUCCACGUGGACAGCAAGAUCAUAUUACAAUGCAAAGAUGAUCAGCAAAACUUCAGUGAAACAGAUGCUUUUGAUGGAAGGCUCAACCAGCUGUUUGAUCCAUCAGUGGAAUACAAAAUGAAACACAAGAGAAGAGGACUAGCUUUGAUCUUUAAUCAUGAGAGGUUUUUCUGGCACUUAAUGUUACCGGAGAGACGUGGUACUUGUGCUGACCGAGACAAUCUGAACCGCAGCUUGACUGAACUUGGAUUUGAAGUGAAAUGUUUUGAUGAUCUUAGAGCAGAAGAAGUGCUGCAGAACAUUUAUAAUGUGUCCAAAGAGCAACACGAAGAUGCGGAUUGCUUUAUGUGCGUUUUCUUGAGCCAUGGAGAAGAUAACCAUGUUUACGCUUAUGAUGCUAAAAUACAGAUACAAAAUCUGACCAAUAUGUUCAGAGGUGACAAAUGCCCUAGCCUGAUAGGGAAGCCAAAAAUAUUUGUAAUUCAGGCAUGCAGAGGAGAUAAGCAUGAUGAACCCGUCUUUACUCACGAUACGGUGGAUAGCGUUACAGAACGCUCACUUGUCAAUGAAACCGAAGUUGACUCUGCUGCAAUUUAUACUUUACCUGCUGGUGCUGAUUUCCUCAUGUGUUAUUCUGUGGCAGAAGGUUUCUAUUCCCAUCGGGAGACUAUAUAUGGUUCUUGGUAUAUUCAAGAUCUGUGCGAGAUGAUACGAAAGCAUGGUGCUUCCCUGGAAUUCACAGAAUUACUGAUGCUUGUUAACAGGAAGGUAUCACAUCGCAGGGUAGAUGUAUGCAAAGAUAUUGGUGCUAUAGGGAAAAAGCAGAUCCCUUGCUUUGCUUCAAUGUUAACUAAAAAACUGUACUUCUACCCCAAAUCAUAGUUGCAUGGUAGAGUAAUAAUUAUUUUUGGCUUUGUAGGUGGUGGGCAGUGGUGGUGUGCUCUGCAGGACUCAAAGCAAAAAA